GUAGUUCUAAAUUCUAAAGUAGUGUGUGAGCGCGAGAGAAAAAGAAGACAAUUUUAUCCGUGGCUCCUAAUCUCACAUCACAUCAUUCAUUCCUCUUCCCAAUCUCACAUCAUUCAAAUUUCCUCCCGUUUCUGUGAUUUUUGAUGGCGAAACCGGCGCCCGAUUGGCGGAGCAAUAGAUCGGCUGUUCAAGCCACAAAUGACGACGCCUCCGCUAGCAAGCUGUCUUGCGUUAAAAAGGGAUACAUGAAAGAUGACUACGUUCAUCUGUUUGUUAAAAGGCCUGUCAGGAGAUCCCCUAUAAUAAAUCGUGGGUACUUUGCUCGUUAUUCAGCACUCCGGAAGCUUCUCUAUGAGUUUCUUGACUGCAAGAUAAAUGGGGAAGAGAAAGGCAAGAAGCAAAUAUUGUCCCUUGGGGCUGGCUUUGAUACUACAGUUUUUCAGUUGCAGGAUGAAGGAAAUAUGCCUCAUCUAUACGUGGAAUUAGAUUUCAAGGAGGUGACAAGUAAGAAAGCUGCUAUCAUUGAAAACUCUACUGAGCUGAGAGGCAAAGUUGGUGAAGCUGCUUUGAUCUCUCAAGAGAAAGGGGAAGUGAUUGGAGAUCACUACAAACUCCUCCCUGUUGACUUGCGUGAUAUACAGCAACUUGACGAUAUAAUUUCUUUGGCUGGUAUGGAUCCUAGUUUGCCAACUUUUAUAAUUGCAGAAUGUGUUCUUAUAUACUUGGAUCCAGAAUCAAGCCGUGCUGUUGUUAGAUGGGCUUCUAGAACAUUUUCUACAGCGACAUUUUUCUUAUAUGAGCAGAUACAUCCUGAUGAUGCUUUUGGGCAACAGAUGAUAAGGAACCUGGAGAGUCGAGGAUGCGGAUUAUUAAGCCUUUAUGCUACACCAACUUUGCUGGCGAAGGAAAAACUUUUUAUUGAUCAAGGAUGGCAGAGAGCCGUUGCUUGGGACAUGCUGAAAGUUUACAGCACAUUUAUUGAUGCCCAGGAAAGACGCAGGAUUGAAAGGUUGGAAUUGUUCGAUGAGUUUGAAGAGUGGUACAUGAUGCAGGAGCAUUAUUGUGUGACUUGUGCAAUCAAUGAUGCAAUGGUAUGUAUGCCUUCUCUCCGAGGGUAUGUUCAAAGAACUUGGUUUCCCCGACGAGGAGCAUGCUACAGGUUCCCCCACUGCGUCCACAACCCCGCUCCCUCUGUGAAAAUACGCGACUAUUUUGAAUCUCAUUUAGAUGAGAGGUCGUCAGAACUAGUUUAUUUGUUCCUAGUAGAGUUUCUAUGCUGCGUAUGGAUCCAUCUAUAUUAUCUUUGUAAUGUGACUGAAGAUAACGUGUUAGGGACCCCCCAUAUAGCUCAAAGUGUGUAAUCCACAGGGCCAGAAUCGUCUCCGUGGAAAAAAGAAUUUCUUGCAUAGUUGAUUCUUCCUCUAAAUUGCUGUACCUUUUUUAAUUCUAUAUUUAUGUGUCCCAUGUCACUUUGGGGUACCUUUUUUUUUUUUUUUUUUUUUUUAAAACUAUUUGCAUUUUGUUAUAAUACAAUUGGUAUGUAUUAAUAUAUCCUGACCAACUUUUGAUUUCAA